CGGGGUGGGGGCCGGGGUCGGGGCCGAGGCCAGUUAACCUUCAACAUGGAGGCUGUGGGCAUUGGGAAGGGUGACGCUUUGCCCCCGCCCACUCUCCAGCCCUCUCCACUCUUCCCUUCACGCCCCAUGGGAGAUGUUUUCCAGGCAAAGAAGUGUUUAUCUUCACUCUUCAUACCCUCCACUCUCCAGCUCUCAAAAUGCCCUCCAUCGUCCUGGCCCUCCCAUUCUUACUGAGAACACUGGAUUUUACUUGGGGGAAAGGCCCUUUAAGGUUUUACUGCAGUGCUCCUCACUAACCCUGUACUUCCUCAGCCCUUGGAGUUCCACCCAGUGCCACUGCCCGCAGGAGAGGAAGGGGAGUAUGUCCUGGCACUAAAGCAGGAGCUGCGUGGGGCCAUGAGGCAGCUCCCCUACUUCAUCCGUCCAGCUGUCCCCAAGAGAGAUGUGGAACGUUACUCAGACAAGUAUCAGAUGUCUGGGCCAAUUGACAACGCCAUUGAUUGGAACCCUGAUUGGCGGCGGCUACCCAGCGAGCUCAAGAUUCGAGUGCGAAAAGUACAGAAGGAGCGGACCACCAUUAUCCUUCCCAAGAGGCCCCCUAAGAGCACAGAGGAUAAGGAGGAGACGAUACAGAAACUAGAGACUCUGGAGAAGAAGGAGGAGGAAGUAACUUCAGAGGAAGAUGAAGAGAAAGAAGAAGAGGAAGAGAAGGAAGAGGGGGAGGAAGAGGAGUACGAUGAAGAGGAGCAUGAGGAGGAAACUGAUUACAUCAUGUCGUAUUUUGACAAUGGAGAGGACUUUGGAGGGGACAGCGAUGACAAUAUGGAUGAGGCCAUAUACUGAAGAAAACCUGGGCCACAGACUGAGAACCUGGGCCACAGACUGAGAACCUGGGCCACAGACUGAGAACCUGGGCCCAUAUAUCGUUCUUGAUUUGAGAUAUAGGAACUAAAUAUUCCUAUUUACUUAGGGGAUUUUCCUGUUACUGUUUUUGAGAGAGGAUCUCAUGUAGCUCAGGCUGGCCUGGAACUCAGUAUGUAGCUGAGGCUGGCCUUGAACUCUUGAUCCUCUCACCUCCACCUCCCAAGUCUUGAGAUUACAGGGAUGCACCACUACACCAGACUUACUAGUAUUUACUAUUGUUGAGGAAGAAGUAUUUAGUCAGAAUCCAGGUGACCUGUGUGAUCCCUGGGGGUUGUGAUGCACAGCCAUUGACAGUUUAAGGGAUGCCGGGGUGGAGACAGUCAAGGGGAGUAAGUCUUGGUUUGUAUUUUUAAAUAAAAUGUUUGUAUCUGUCUCUCCA